AUGUCGUCCCUAAGUGCCUCCUUCGUGCAGAUCCGUUUCGAUGACAUUUCUUUCUACGAGAGCUGCGGCGGUGGCAGCUUUGGCAGCGUGUACCGGGCACGCUGGAUCUCACAGGACAAAGAGGUGGCCGUCAAAAAGCUGCUGAAGAUCGAAGCCGAGGCUGAGAUUCUCAGUGUUCUUAGUCACAAGAACAUCAUCCAGUUUUAUGGAGCUAUUCUCGAAUCACCAAACUAUGGCAUCGUCACAGAAUAUGCUAGUGGAGGAUCUCUGUAUGAAUAUUUGUCCAGUAAAGACAGUGAAGAGAUGGAUAUGGGACAAAUUAUGACCUGGGCCAUGGAUAUUGCUAAAGGAAUGCAUUAUUUACAUUCUGAAGCUCCAGUUAAAGUCAUUCACAGGGACCUGAAAUCGCGCAAUGUGGUUAUAACGGCAGACAAUGUGCUCAAGAUCUGUGAUUUUGGAGCUUCUAAGUUCCUGUCUCACACCACACACAUGACUCUGGUGGGGACUUUCCCCUGGAUGGCACCUGAGGUCAUUCAGAGUCUGCCUGUGUCAGAGACCUGUGACACCUACUCUUAUGGAGUGGUGUUAUGGGAGAUGCUGACUCGAGAGGUUCCGUUUAAAGGUUUCGAGGGUUUACAGGUUGCCUGGCUGGUGGUGGAAAAGCACGAAAGGCCGACCAUCCCCAGCAGCUGUCCGGCUAGCUUUGCUGAGCUAUUGAGGUCAUGCUGGGUGGCGGAGCCCAAGGAUCGGCCAGUGUUUAAACAGAUCUUGGUUACUCUGGAGUCUAUGUCUAAUGACAGCAAACUUCCAGACCAGUGUAAUUCCUUCUUACACAACAAGGCUGCAUGGAGGUGCGAGAUCGACGCCACCCUAGAGCGACUGAAGCGUCUGGAACGAGAGCUGACCUGCAAAGAGCAGGAGCUGGAGGAGAGAGAGAGGAGACUGAAAGAGUGGGAAAACAGGCUGAUGGAACAAUCCAGAUCCUGCGUUCCAUUCUUCCCCCCCGUGGCGACGAAGCUGAGUGCCGAGACCUUUUUCGAGGCUCACUCAGAGGAGAGCAACAGCUCGGAGAUGAGCUGUCAGAUCUCGUCCAGCAGCAACGGGGAGCUGGGCGGGGCCAGCCUGCAGGCGCUGAUGAAGGGUUUCAGCGGCGUGUUCGACCUGGACGUGAGCAGGACGGGCCGCGUCCCCGUCAGCCAGACGGGCAUGCAGGUGAACAUGCAGGCCAAGCAGAACUCCAGCAAGUCGUGCAGCGUGCGUCAGGGACGCAAACUCAACAUGGCUCUCGCCAUGGAGGACUUUGGCUGGUCAGACUCUGACAGCGACAGCGAUUAG